UGUGAAUAGUCGUUCGGCGAGUUUCGCGUCAGUUUACUAUUAUAGUGAAUGGUGUUCCUGCGUUAGUGUACGUGAUUUGGUUGUUUAGUUUCUGUGCACUAAACUGGUGAUCUGUUUUUCUUGCCUGUGAAAAUUUCGUUGCCUGCAAAAUGCCGUAUCGUUGUUGUGUGCCGAAUUGUAGAGGAAAUUACGACGGUGGACCAAAAGUAACCGUGUUUAAAUUUCCGGAGGGUGAAGCAAUGAGAAAGAAAUGGUUGUCAAGUAUUCGCAGAGAUAACUUCACUCCUUCUUCAAGUUCAAGAGUAUGUCAUGUUCACUUCCACAAGGAUGAUGUUAUUUGGGAAACACAAAUUGUGGAUGAAAGGACUGGUCAGUUAUUAAGAGCCCCCCUUCUCAAACCACGUUUGAGACCAGAUGCAGUUCCAUCACUACUCCCAAACUGUCCUUCCUACCUUUCAAAGGAAGAAAGUAGACGUGAAGGGCCAGAGGAGAAAAAGCAAAGGCUUGAAAAUGAGCAGUUAGCUGCAGCGUUACAAUAUAGUUUAGCAUCACAGAAGGACUAUGAAAACACUUUCAGCUUCAGUUCUUUAGAAGAGUUAAUGUUGCAUACGAAGGAAGUGGAUUUGCCCAACGAGUGGAGUGUGAUCGAAAAACACAGUGAUUUUGUUUGUUUUUAA